CAUGUCUUACACAAGUGGGCGUGUGUAUAUAACAGUGGCGCGUUUGUGUGCUUGUGUAAAGUGUAAAAACCGCUGAAGGAAACAAGGACGAAUUUUACACCUGAAAGCAAAAAGUAAACACUAAGAAAAUGUCCGUGAAUCUGACCAGCUUAGGAGCCAACCAAGUGAAAAGCACCACGUCUGGAGAGAUGGUGGAGAUUGGUUCUCUGUGGCGGGAGCAGACAGUUGUUCUCUUCUUCUUGCGGAGGUUUGGUUGUCAGGUGUGUCGGUGGAUGUCAGCAGAGGUUAGUAAACUGGAGAAGGACCUGAAAGCAAAUGGUGUCGCUCUGAUCGGCAUCGGACCCGAAGAGACGGGAGUGAAGGAGUUCAAGGAUGGAGGAUUCUUAAAGGGCGACCUCUACAUUGAUGAGAAGAAACAGUGUUACAAAGAUUUAGGCUUUAAAAGGUACAAUGCCGUGAAUGUGAUUCCAGCUGCUAUGGGAAAGAAUGUACGAGAAAUUGCCUCAAAGGCAAGUGCAGAAGGAAUUCAAGGAAACUUUAGUGGAGAUCUUCUGCAGAGUGGAGGCAUGCUCAUCGUCGCAAAAGGUGGAGAAAAGGUUCUGCUGCAUUUUGUCCAGAAAACACCCGCAGACAACGUAUCUCUUGAGGACCUCACCAAAGCUCUCGGGAUCUCGGUGAACGUUCAGGCUGGUGAAAAGCCACAGUGUAACGAAGACGUUUGCACAAGAUAGAGGAUCAAAGUUCUUCAGGGAUGAAUGGACUUAUCCAGUGUUAUAUUCCCACUAAUCAGACUCAAAUCAUCUUUACAUCUAUAUGAUGCUUUUGGUUUACAUUCUAAACUAUAAUGUACUGAUCAUACAACUAGGAAAUAAGAACAUUUCCAAGCAUUUUAUAUGCUUCGUUGAUGAGUAAUGCUGUUUUGAUCCUCUUUUUUUUUUUUCAAUUAGUUGAUCAAUCAAGUUUGUAUUUUAAGCUUCGCACUAGAGCUGAAAGAGACUGCUUUAAUGAGAUUCUUUCAUAAACUUAUAUUUAUUAUGAUCUGUUUCCAAACAUGUCUGACCAAAUGUGACUUGCUAAUUGAAGAAUGUGAAUGGCAUAUAUGUAUAUUAAAUCUCUUA